UCACGUGAUCACAGCGUUGCGGAAAAGCUACACGAAAAAAUGGCAGAACCGAGGUUCUCCGGAAGGUCGCGAUUAGCAGCUUUUAUUGCGGUUUUCGUCGCUCUUUUCACUUCAGGGAGAGCCACUUCUCAAGUGCCACUUCUGUUCUGGUCCAGUGAUGGUUUGCCACCACUGGCCUCAACCACAGCCGGUCACAUCACAACCAAUGACCAGCUGAGUGCCUAUUUCACCUCUGCCUUUGGCUCUGCCUCCCACACUGUGCUGCUGUUCCUGCAAGACAAGUUAAGCAAAGAUGACUUCACGGUCUUUGGUGGAGUUUUUGGAAACAAGCAGGAAAGUGCCUUUAAAAACCUUGAGGCAGCACUGCAUUCUUCUUCCUCAUCAUUGGCAGUUCCAGCAAUGGAGUGGACAGACUCUUCUGUCAUCCUGACGCUGCUGCAGGAGAAGCUCGGUGUUUCCCCUCUGCUUGUAGAUGCAGACACUCUGUCACAGCUGAGCAUCAACACAUCUGUCAGCAAUCUGCUGCUGAUCAAUUUGCCUUAUUGUACAGGUUUACACAAGUCUUGCAAGGAGGUUCUACAAAACAAUGAUGAGAUCAUGGGGAAGGUGCUGAAUAUCAUGAAAGCCAAAGAUGUCCCAUACACUGCAAUAUACACUGGACUCCAGCCGUCACGAGUGAUUUCGGAAACAUCUGUGCCUAACCAGUCAGUGGGCCGGUCAUUGCUACAAGCACCUACACCUACACCUGCACCUGUGACCCCGCCCAUCAUCUAUAACCAGUCAGGUCCUUGCAUCAUGCUGUGGGCUAAGAAUCUCAAUGUCAGCCUUCCAGGCAAUUCAUCUUGGAUCGACCUGGCUGCAGACAGACCUUCCUUGGCAGGAUCCAUGUGUAAUGAGACUGACUCACUGCUUGUGCUCACUUAUACAUCUGGCCUUGUACUAAGGUUUGCCAUGAGUAAUCGCCGCUAUCCUGUGUCUGCACGACACUGGUUCACUCUGGACACUGUGGAGCUGCAAGUGGAUGGUCGAACUGCAUCUUUCAGUGGGACACGCGGCAUAUAUUCCCCUGCAGAGUAUUCCUUCCACUGCCAGUCCGUCAGCAGCUUCCAAGAUGCCCUGCUCGUCCCAGGUUCCGGUCAAAAUGUAUCUCAGUGGAGGCUCAAUUUUGUCGACUUCCAGAUUCAGGGCUUCGGUUUGACCAAUGGAACAAAUUUUUCCUAUGCCAGUGACUGUGCAGGAUUCUUCACCGCAGGGAUUUGGAUGGGGUUGCUGACCUCACUGCUCAUGCUGCUAAUUUUCGUGUACGGUCUGCACAUGAUCAUGCAGCUAAACACCAUGGAUCGAUUCGAUGAUCCCAAAGGGCCAUCGAUUUCAGUGCCUCAAUCGGAGUGAAACACUUCUCACGCACGCACACACACACACAAACACACACACUCACACUCACACACACUCCUCAGUCUCCCAGUGCUUCGUAGUAGAUUGGGGACCCAUGACAGUCUUCCCCCCUUUCCUGUGUUUUUCUUCCAAUAUAUUUGCCAGGAAAACCAACCUUUUCUUCCGAGAUGCUCUGCUGUGGUUGAUUCUCCAAAAUCUUUUCAAAUGUCUGUUUGGUCACGGUUAUCUUGCAAGGCACAUUCCAUUUUAUUUCUCCAUAUUAAAAAGUGCCAAAAUAGGAUGCAACUUUUUUUUUCCAUCAAUUUUGAGUGCAUGUGCUUUAAGAUGAUUGUGUGCCCAUGACAUGAAGAAUUUGCACUCUUACCAGAGAGUGCCUUCUUUGCCAACAUGAAUGUGAUCACUAAAUGCUGUAGGACCGUUUCAGACCUCAGUUCUUACUUUACUUUUUCUAGUUUAACUGUAAUUUAAAGACUAAUAGUAAUGAAAGAAGUGCCUUUGUAUUAACGAUUAUUUGUAAUGAGCUCUGAAGUGUUGCCUUAAAGAAGUGUGCUAAUACUUCCCCAUGGAGUUAGCUCUGUUGUCACUUGUUAUGGUUAAAUCACACAUGUACACCAAAUACAAUCCAAUGGGAAGUAAUUUAUUUAUAUAAGAAAGAGUUUUUCUUCUUAACCUGCUCCUUAUGUUUGCGUCAGGAUCAUCAACUAAUUUAAUGACUGUGCUUCGGUCCUGCUUUUAUUGAGCUUACUGGUGUGCAAUUGCCACAAUAUGUACAGUACACUGUCUGUAAUUGCAAAUAAAGAUAUCUAUAAAUUGUCAA